AUGGCAACUAAUGCAACAUCAGAGACAAUUUCAUCUCCUUAUGAUAAAUCAGUAGCUAUUCGAAUCAUGAAACGUGAAUCACCACAUCAAAACAACGACGUUGAUGCGUAUUCGAGAGCGAUAACACCGACAAGCAUCAUAUGUAUUCCUUCACCCAAGCCACAACAUCAACAACAUCAACAACAACGACAACAACGACAACAACGUCGACAACGACAACAAGCACGACAACAUCAACAACGACAACAACGACAACAACGUCGACAACAUCGACAACGACAACAACCACGACAACAUCAACAACGUCAACAUCAGCAACGACAACAUCAGCGACGACAACAACAGCCACGACGACAACAAGUGGGUCUUUCACUAAUAGCACUUCUUCUUGCCCUAGAUCUCACAUUAUCAUCUUUUCCACUUCGUUCGCUUAUCCCAACAUCUAAUGAAUUACGUAUAAAGAAGAUUUGCAGCAAUCGCUCAUCGGCGUUUCCGCGUAGCAAGCUAUUAUUGAAUUUGACAUUUUAUAGUACCCAAAUUUAUCAUCAUAAUGCUAUAGCAUAUGACUAUUAUUCAAAAAGUGAUCUUGGGCAAGCAAGAGCUGGUGAUCAAUGGAAAAUCUGGCCACUUCCUCUUGAAAAAAAUCGACUCCAAAAUAAUACUUUACCUUGUCAUGUCGAAAUUUCUCCAUUUGUUGUGUCAAGGCUUCCGUUUGUUGAUAAGGUUUUUGUUAUCACCAAUCCACGCUUGACUAAGCGUCAUGAUAACUUGAAAAAAGCGCUUGUUCAACAAGGCAUUUCAGUUGAAUCAAUAGAGUGGAGAAUGAAAUGGAAUUCAACAACAUGCAAUUCGAACUCAAGUCAUUCGUAUGUUUAUAAACAAUUAAACUUGAAAGAUAAACCUUUAGGUAAUUGA